ACCCCCAACAUUUCCUCGUGCUGAUGCAAUUCAAAGGAUCACUCUCCUAGAGGAUGUUUACAUAAAAAAGUUUUUUUAAGAAGCAUCCAGAUUCCAAACAUGAAGACGCAAUCAAGUAUAGCAUAUUCUUAAUUUUUUUGUUAACAAAUUUUCCUUGUGUCUUCCUCUCUUCAUUUCAUGUACUAUCACCCCAUCAGUGUGCAGUAUGUGUGCUCAUAUGAGUUUUGUCCUCAUAAAUUACAAUUAGGUGCUGUCGUACUACAUCUGUGAAUGAUUGGUGUGUGGUAAUUCAGAAAUCGAUGCUCACAUUAACCUAACUCUGGCAUUAUAUUUGAAUAGGUUUUUUGCUUUUGAUCCUGCUCCAGCCCAUUUGGUCAUCGGGUGCUUGAGUUGAAGGAGCAGAGGGCUUCUGAACAGGAAGCAAUGACGGUAGCUGAUAUGGAAUACCAGGCAGAGAUAAAGGCAAAGAAGAAGGCAUAUGUUGCGUUGAAGAAAAUUGCACGUCAACAAGGAAAGAGGCCUCCUCCCAACCCAUAUCCCAUUGUUGUCAAGGAGAUACAAGCUGAGGAGAAGAAGUAUGUCUAUGACCGUUUUCACAAUCCAAGAAUUUGCCAGAUUUUAAGGAAACUGCAAAACUGCAAGAGGAAAAGGCAGUUGAGGAUCAGGACAGAAUGAGAGGGGGUUGGGGUGGCGGUGGCAGUGGCGGUGGCGGCAUGGGAGGUGGUGGUGGUUGGAGAAGCAGUGGCGGUGGCAGUGGUGGUUGGGGUGACCGGUAACAUUUUAAGCUUCAUCAGUUGAGAUUGGUUAGUUAGCCUCCUGAGAUUUCUUCCAAAUUUUUUUUUUUCAAGUAUUUGUCCUUGCAUAUUUUAAGGUUGUAAAAUGCUGGAUUCUUGUGAAUGAAUCAUUUCACAUGGUAUUGCGUUGUUGGUCCACAUGCCUUGCGUGCUUUGAAGUAAGAAAAAAGAAAUGUGGAUCUCAUAGAUUGCUGGUUGCAGCAAGCUUUCAGAAGAUCAUGGAAUUUUUCUGCAAGAAAAAAUGGAUUACUAUUGGAUUCGAGGCCAGUGUUCAAAUUUCCUUUUGGUUUACUCUAUUGUAAGAAAUAAUUAUACUACAAGAUCAAUUUAGAAUAAAAUUUUAAGAUUUGAUUUGUUUGA